AUGGGGAUAACUGGGCUGUUACCAUUGUUGUCCCCGAUAAAGAGAAAUAUUCAUAUCAAAGACUAUGCCAACAAAAGAGUAGCUGUCGAUGGCUACUGCUGGUUGCACAAGGCUGUCUAUUCAUGCAGUCAAGAGUUGUGUCAGGGUAUACCGACAACAAGGUAUCUGCAGUAUUGUCUCAAUCUAAUAUCAAUGAUGAAGAGUCACAAAGUCAUACCUGUCAUUGUAUUUGAUGGUGGUCCAUUACCAAAUAAAAGAGGAACUGAAGAUGAUAGAAGAUCUAAAAGACAACAAUAUAAAGAAAAGGCAAAUGCAUACUUGUUGGAAGGUAAUAGAGCAGAAGCAAAUAAAUGUUUCCAAAAGGCGGUUGAUGUCACAACAUUGAUGGCAUUCAAUUUGAUCAAAGAGUUGAGACGUUUAGGUAUAGAGUAUGUGGUUGCACCUUAUGAAGCUGAUGCUCAAUUGGCUUACUUGGCUGUCACCAAUCAAGUCGAUGCUAUUCUUACAGAAGAUUCUGAUUUAAUUGCUUAUGGUACUCCUACUGUAUUAUUCAAGAUGAAUAAAGAAGGAUAUUGUGAAGAGAUUAAAAGUGAGAAUAUAUGUUCGUGCAAGAGUAAUGGAUUGGAUUUUGGUAAUUUCAAUCUUACCAUGUUGAGGCAAAUGUGUAUCUUGGCUGGAUGUGAUUAUUUACCUUCUCUACAUGGAAUGGGUAUUAAAACAUCUUAUAAACUUUUUAAAGAAUAUAAGGAAAUUGAAAAGAUAUUUAAAUAUUUAAAAGGUACAAAAAGAUUAACAGAAGAAUAUGUUGGUUCAUUUUACAAGGCAGAUUUAACAUUUCGACAUGCACGAGUAUAUGAUCCAGUCUCGAAAACAAUGGUUCACUUUUCCCCAUUGGACGAGGAAAAUGUAGGAACCAAUAUGGAUUUCCUAGGAGAAUGUAUUGAAAAUGAGAUUGUCGAGAAAAUAGCAACUGGCGUCAUAUGUCCUGUCACAAGACAGGUGUUUGAACCAAAUCAACAGAAAAAUGUUCCCUAUUCAUCAGCUUUUAAACCUCAACCAAAGACUUCUGUCGUUUCAACAUUCAAUAAUCAAAAUAAUAAUAAUAACAACUACAAUAAUAAUAAUCAUAGGAAUUCUUUAUCGAAUGGCAAAACAAAAUCAUCUGGAGAUGGUGGAACAGGUGGAUUUAUUUUCAAAGCAAAUAGAAUCGAUCAAUACUUUGACAUUAUCACAAAAACAAAAGAUAGUAAUUCUCCAAUCAAUCAAGAUGAUGAUGACAACAACGAUGAUCCUUUUGUUCUAGACAGUGAUACAGAAAAUAAUUCAUUUGAAUUUGAUUUUAAUGAACAAGAAACUGCGACAACACCUGGAGGCAAUUUUAUACCUUCACCUACCAAUUCAUAUGAAUCAAAAUGGUCAGAUGAAUAUAACAAUAAUAAUUAUAAUAAUGGGGAUUUAGUGGAUGAAUUCUCAUUAUUAAGUAAUAGUAGCAAUAAUAGCAACAACAACAACAAUGGUUUUGGAAAUAAUAAUAGUAACCAAAAAAUAUUUAAAAAAUCAAGUUUAGUAUCAGAUGAUCGUGUAAGCAUGGACCAAUUUGAUCAAUUUUUUUAUAGAGGUCAAAGAAAACAAAGUAUAUUAUUGUCUUCGACCUCAUCUUCUUCGACCUCCUCCACCCUUGUACAUACCAAUUCAAUUAGUCAACCAUCACUUUAUAAUAAUCAAUCAAGUCAAUUCUCAUCGAGUAAUAAUAACAACAGCAAUACUACUCCUGGAGGUUUAAACAGAGGCAAAUCAAAAUUAAAUUUUCACAGUCAACCAAGUCCAAUCAACAACAAUAAUAACAAUGGUAUCAAUUACUUUAAUAAUAAUACAAUGAUGAUGAAUGGAUUAGUGGACAACAAAAGAAAAGAUAAUGGAUCUUCUUUCCAAUCACCAAACAUCAAAAAGACACGAAGCGAUUAUUAUGAAUUGAUGACACCUCCACCAACACCAGAAUCACCAUUCUUUACACAAACAAAACAAAAUAACAUCCUGAACACCAGCAAUAAUCAAAUCAACCAAAUCAACAACAAUAAUAAUAACAAUUAUAAUAGGAACAACAAUUUAAAUUUUAAACCAACAGAUAUAAUACAACAACAACGACAACAUCAAGAACAUGACGAUGAUGAAUAUGACGAUGAUGACGAUCAAGUCAGAGAAACACCUCCACCAAGUCCAAAUAGAUAUAAUACCACAGAAGCUGCUAGUACUCCUUCAGCAGUUACAACUACUCCCUAUUUUAACAAUAACAAUCAAAACAGCAAUUAUUUCAAUAGUAGCCAUACUAUUCAACAUAACAUGAACAACAACAACAACAAUAAUAAUAAUAAUAAUAAUUCAUUAUUAUAUUUAUCAAAUAAUAGUAGUAGUAAUAAUUCAUCGAGGGAAGUUGGAAAUCUAUUUGGUGAUAAUUCAAAUGAUAAUAGUGAAAUAUUGGAUAAUAAUAAUAUUAACUUCCCAGUAACUCCAAUUCCAAAGAUAAAUAAUAAUAACAAUAAUAGUAAUAUUAAUAUUAAUAAUAAUAGUUUUAAUAGUAUUAAUAAUUCAGGGAGUCUUUUUAGUAGUUUUGGCAGUAAUAUUAAUAAUACUAGUAACAAUAAUAAUAAUAAUAGUAAUAUUAGUUUCUUAUCAGAAGAAGACUUGGUAUCACCCUUUUUAUCACCAACAGCACCGCCACCAUCAUCAACGAAUAUCAGCACACCAACAAAAAACAUGGAUGACACUAGCACCAACAAUAGUAGUAUCAACAGCAAUGGUUCAAGUGGUAAAAAGGUUGGAAGCACAUCAGAGGAAAUCUUUUCAAAAUAUUUUAGUAAUGGUUCCAGUUCAUUGGUCAUGGGGUCUCCAGUUACACCAAGUUUUUCAUUGGGUACUCCAAGUUGGAAAGGUAUACUUUCACAAAGAUACAAAGAAUCACUUGUCAAUACAAACACUUCUCCUUAA